AUGAGAAAUCACACAGGGAUAACAUUCAUCCUGCGGGGACUGACAGAUGACCCACAGCUACAGGUUUUGCUUUUUCUGUUUCUGUUUAUCAACUAUAUGUUGAGUAUAAUUGGGAACCUGACCAUCAUCACCCUCACCUUGGUGGAUCCCCAUCUGAAAACUCCCAUGUGUUUUUUUCUCAGAACCUUCUCCUUCUUAGAAGUCUCAUUCACAACUGCCUGUAUUCCCAGAUACCUCUACAGUAUAUCAACCGGGGACGAUAAAAUAUCUUUUAAUGCCUGUGCCACACAACUAUUUUCUCUUAUGUUUCUUGGAGCAACAGAGUUCUUUCUUCUGACCACCAUGUCCUAUGAUUGUUACAUGGCCAUCUGCAAACCUCUGCAUUACACUACUAUCAUGAACAACAAAGUCUGUAACCAGCUUCUCUUGAGUUCUUGGCUGUCUGGGUUGAUGAUCGUGCUCCCCCUCCUUAGCCUGGGCCUCCAGUUGGACUUUUGUGAUUCCAAUGUCAUUGAUCAUUUUGGCUGUGAUGCAUUUCCUAUGCUAGAGAUUUCAUGCACAGACACACAGCUCAUAGAGAAGAUAGCUUUGAUCGAUGCAAUGGUGAUAUUAACUGUCACCUUACUCUUUGUGAUUUGGUCUUAUGCCUCAAUUGUCAGUACUAUUCUGAAAUUCCCCUCUGCCCAGCAAAGGCAAAAGGCCUUUUCCACUUGUUCCUCCCAUAUGAUUGUUGUCUCCAUCUCUUAUGGAAGCUGCCUUUUCAUGUAUGUCAAAUCUUCUGCAAAUGAAAUGGUAGCUUUGAAUAAAGUGGUGUCAGUUCUCAUGACCUCUGUUGCCCCUGUGAUGAACCCCUUUAUUUAUACCUUGAGGAACAAACAAGUCAUACAAGCUUUUAAGGACUUAGUUAAAAAAAUUGCAAUUUCUACAAAGCAGUAA